UGGAUCCUCGAAGGAGGGAAGGACUUUGUUUACGCUCGCUUCAGAGCAGGGCGGGAGGAAUUCCGGCCCACUGGGCUUUUAGUGCAGCUGCAUGUCGGAGCGGGAAUAGCGGGGAUACCCGGCUCUCAUGGAGGAACAGUGGGACUUCCAGCUCCUCUCCCGGAUCGCUGACAGCCUGGUGGCGUUCCUGUCCGAGUUUGUGGACGACUGGCUGGCCAACGACAUGCGGGUGGCCGUGUUCAAGAUCCUGCUCAGCUGGCUGGUCCUCAGCCUGAUCGCCAUACAUUUCGCUUGGAAAGUCUACGGGAACACGGUCAACGACAUGUACUACCGGCAGGGAACCGGAGGACAGAAUGGUGGCACACCUGACACAGCGCCUCACUUGAGAGGAUGGUAGGUGUCCUGGCAUCUGUUUGCUUCCAGGGAGAGUGCAGUGGGGGACGCCCUGAAAACUCACCGCGAGUGAUUGGGCACCAGUUGGAUUCAAAUCUUGGACCGGUUUUGAGACGAGUGGGCUCAGGGUGGACCAUGGUGACCUUAUUCUACCUGGAGACAUGAUAGUAACCACAUUCCUGAAGAGAAGUGUGCCACUACGACCUUCCUGAACAUGUGAAGAUGUAGGAGAAAAAGUGAUGUCUGAACAAAAUUUGAGUGGUUUGGUGAAAAGGAAUCAAGUAUCCUCCUUUUUGACCCAGCAAACAGUGCUGGCUCUUCUUGCCUGGUCAUACUUGGACUGACUCUUUGUAAUUUGUAAUUAGUGUGUUGUAUGACUCCUGAUAUGGCUUGACCGUCACGUAACCACUCCCAUCCUGUCAAUUACAGACUAAUAGAGAAUACCAGUGGAAACCACACUGCCGCAGACUCUCACUACUGGACUAAGCCAAGUAAAUCUGCUGGAAAACAGCUUGUUUGCCACUGAGCAGCCAAUAACAUUUGCAGGAUGUUUAUAUGUAAUUGUUUAGCCCAUAUUAAGCAGCUUGGGAUUUAGUCUUGCAGGGACAAAUGUGAUCUUGUGACGAUGGUGUGUCUGGGGGCAGCGCUCAACUUGUGCAAAGAUGGUAUACAAGGUAAACCACAUAGCACACGCCUGUUACACAGUUCCCAUUGGGUAUUGGGUUAAUAUUGGGUCAAUCACCUCGCCCCUGCUCAUCUCUUCCAGGGCAACAGCAGCAAACUGUGCAGUCAGACCUGUAAGAAUUAAUAGUGGAUUGUAAUAAUGUAGUAAUAAUGUAGUAAUAAGUGGAUGAACAAACUGAAAACAAGAAAAUGCACGUUAAGGAAUAUCAGAGGGGGGAAAACACAAUGACCAGAAUUUCCUGCUGGUGUGAAAGGGCCUCAGGUCUCUAUUGUCAGCUUAAAGGGGUUAUCAGUCCCCUGCCUCACGCACAACGAUGCCCCCUACUGUGGGCUGUACUUUCACAAGGUGGGAGAUUAAGUUUGGUCUCACCCAAAUAAGUCUGUGUUCCCAUCAACAAAAUUUCUCAUGGUUGUCCUCAGACGUUACCGCUAUGAGAUCGCGUUUGGCCACGAGACCAUUACGAAGUUUGUAAGUGAACCCAUCCAUCAUCGCUCGUCUACUUCCACAGUAAUUAGUUAUGAGCCAAGUCAGCAUGCCUCCAAGCUGUCACACACCUAAUCAUAGAUCACUGUUGUUGGAAGAGAACCAUCUGCAAAACGACGACUUCACAGCAGAAGCAAAAAUCCUACUUUACUUUUAAUGUAAAUGACUUUUUCCCCAACUAAUCUCGAGUCAUUUCUGUUGGUCCGUUCAUCAUGAAGUUUACACACAAUAUAUAACCAUGGGAAUUUUCAAAUUAUGUCAAAUGUCUUCCGACAACAGCGAUAUACCUAAUUUGCUGACUUCAGCUCCAAUGAAUCUCAAAAGGCGUCAGAUAAACACAAGAAUGCGAUACAGGUACUUCAUUUGAUCUGUUCUUUAAGUUCACUGGCAGAUCUCACCCCAGCAGUAACUGUGUGUUGUCAGGAGUGAGAAACCAUCCCUAAAGUCAUGCUUAACAUUAGCUGCUCAAAUGUCCAUAAGUUCUGGACAUUAAUCAGCAGGCAAGUUACUAUGUUGGUGUGUUCAUAGAACUCAGUUAAUCGUAGUUCAGUCAUCAUGACUUUUUUUUUUUCUUCUGGUGUGACAGAACAGGGUGUGUGGAUAUCAUACCUUUACCAAGUACUCUCCAGUGUGAUUGACAGCAAUUCUUCUGUGAAAACAUUAAAGGUCACUCAUACAAA